GGCAGUCACGUGACUUUUAACACUACAGCUGGAAAGUUAGCAAGUUUAGCUGCAAAGCAGCAGCGCUUUAUAUGAUUUAUAUAUGUUCUCGAGCGCUUAGUCCUCGCCGUGGUUGUGAGUGUGGGUGAAGAUGUUGGCGGUGAAAAGAGUCGUGCUGUCCUCUCGCCCAGGAAAAAAUGGUCAACCAGUUCCCAGCAAUUUCCGUGUGGAGGAGAGCAGCUUAUCCACGGAGCUGAACGAGGGCGAGGUGCUGGUCAGGACCCUGUAUCUCUCUGUUGACCCCUACAUGCGCUGUCGCAUGAAUGAUGAUACAGGUGCAGAUUACCUGGCACCAUGGAACCUGGAAGAGUGUGUUGAUGGAGGUGGGGUGGGUGUUGUGGAGGCUAGCAAGAAUGACUUACUAGCCACUGGUGACAUAGUCACUUCAUUCAACUGGCGCUGGCAAACUCAUGAUGUGUUUAAUGGUAACAUUUUACAGAAGGUUGACCCUAGAAUGGUUGAUGGUCACCUGUCAUAUUUUCUGGGAACAGUAGGCAUGCCUGGACUCACUGCACUUCUAGGUGUAAGAAAGAAAGGUCACGUAACGAAAGGAGCCAAUCAGACCAUGGUGAUCAGUGGAGCAGCUGGAGCUUGUGGCUCACUUGCUGGACAGAUUGGCAGGCUGGAUGGCUGUGAAAGAGUGUUUGGGAUCUGUGGUUCAGAGGAGAAGUGCCAGGCCCUGGUGUCAGAUCUGGGCUUCACAGCAGCUGUGAAUUAUAAAAAGGGAGACAUCUCGAAGGCUUUGAGAGACAGUUGUCCAAAUGGAGUGGACAUCUACUUUGACAAUGUGGGAGGGCCCAUCAGCGACACGGUCAUCUCACAGAUGAACAACGAGGGUCAUGUAAUCCUGUGUGGUCAGAUCUCUCAGUACAAUAAAGACAUACCCUAUCCGCCUCCGUUGAGUGAACAGACUCAAGAAACUCUGCGAAGCAAAAACAUCACAAGGGAAAGGUUUAUGGUGCUGAACUACAUGGACAAACAUGAAGAAGGCCUCCUGCAGCUGAGUCAAUGGGUGACGACCGGUCAAAUUAAGGUUUUGGAAACUGUAGUGAAUGGAAUAGAAAAUAUGGGUGUGGCCUUUUGCUCCAUGAUGACCGGAGGCAACAUUGGAAAGCAAAUUGUCAAAAUUGCAGACUGAGCCACACUUCUCCAACAGAGGGUACUCUAUUUUCUGCCUACAACUGACCUGGGACUUUAUUUUACUAUACACACCAUAGAAACUUUGUUUGGUACAUAACAACUGUAAUGCACUCACUCAUUU